AUGCUGCUGGGCGACGAUGAUGGAGUGGCGCGUUCUCUUCAGUUGCUCUGCAGCCCCGGUGCCAUUUUUCCCAAUGGACACAUGAUGUCGACUCAAGCGCUGGAUAAUAUGGUAUUGAUCGGCGGCAGACGGUGUGUACUGACAUUUGUUUAGGCUGAUGGAAUUUAGUAUCACCCCUUUUUGAUUGCAGGGACUUGUUCACCACGUGCUUCCAUCUUCCACAUUGUUCUUUACAAAGCAUCUGUUUUAGAAAACCUUCCCUCCACUGCUACCCUUGCUGGCACUUUUUUAAAAUAUGUUUUCCUACAAACUGAGGACGGUUUUUAUUUCACCCCCCUUUGACGCACAUGUACUGCACAAUGAUUUUUUGUCCCUUAUCAUUGUUCCACCCUGAAACUCAAUGACCGGUUGAAUGGUGCUGUAUAGUUCCGCGCGGAUGUACUCUGUAGUGGAUUGCGUGAACAAAAAUUUGUCGCAGAGGUGACUAAGGCAUGGCUUUUUGAUAUAAACCGCGUCAAUUGGCUGAAGAACGAUAGACAACGCAACCUUCUUUUGAAAACAAAUGAGCCACCAUCAGACGGAACGACAGUCUAUUCGGUUAGGGUCCUGAUGAGGGACCUGACUCUGAAUAAGGCACGGCGGUUGGCUCAGAGAAACGAAGAUGCGUGGGGCCUAACAAGUUCGGAGUCAAUGGAGUUGCGCAGAGGGUUGAGAACGAAGCAGGCUCCAUACGUAAUAAAUAAUUCUUUAAAGUUUCGCAUGCCAACUUACUUCCGAAUCGGAGGAAGAUGACAAGGAAGGCGAUCAUGACAUAGUAGACAGUUAUAGACAGCCGGAAAUGCGACUCGCUGGUUGGCAGCAGCAACACCAAUACUUCAGUUGGCAGCAUUUACUUUAACGUUUUGUAGGUUAAGGCCUGAUAAAGACGUACCUUCUUCCUCCGCCGUGUGAGGAAGGCCCUACCCUUCACCAACCCCCUUCUUUCGGCAAGUAGUUAUACUAAUUUUUCAUUUCAGACUGCUAACUGAGAGGCAGAAAUCAACGAUCUAAAGUGAACUGCCUACAUCGAGACACAAGAAACGGACCAUUCUGGGGUAAGGACGUUCUCCAUGCCGUUUGAUUAAAUUCAUUUAGUUAAGAAGUGAACAACAUAGCUCAACAACAUGCCGUCAUUCUUCGUGAGCUACAACAGCAGCGGGCCCUGCCCAUCAAAAAGCUGAGGUGAAUAUUAGCCUCUAUCGUCGUUAUGAGCCAAAGGCCUCCUGCACUGUGCAUGCCGAUACGCACCAAAGACUCCUUGGAAGACUUUGUUGGCAAGCUUGAUAAUGAACCUCGUGGCGCUGUUGGCAAAAAAGUGAUACGUAGGAUAACGGGUUUCUCAAUGAAAGUCCCGUUGAAGUGUCGUAAGGAUCUAGGUAUUAUUGAUUACGAACCAUUUUUCAAAAUCCGAGCGGGCCCUCAGAUUGCCCAGUAUACAGAAAUUUAGAACAAGGCAAAUCUACCAAGAGUCGAAAAUUUCCAAACGACUUUGAAAGGUGCGGUCGUCAACAGCACUUGUGGAUGCCCACGAUCUGUUGGGAAUAAGUACUGUAAAAAGUGCUUCAAAAUGCCCAUCGCUUUUCAUGUCGCAGAUGCAUGCUUCCUAAUCAUUUUCCAAGGUUCGCGUACGUUGGCGGCAUGCGACAUUUAUGUGAAACAAUUACGAGUCGCAUUUAUUUCUGUAGCUGUCGUGUGAUAAAAGAGUUUAGAAAUUCACAAUGGUAUUCUCAACGAACUCCUUGUUUCGUAUGUAAAGUCAAAUAUUCGUGGUAGAAUACAGCAAGGUUUUCGCCACUGGUUCUGAGAACAGAGAUACCGCGAUGAUUGUCGAUGUUUUGUCAGUUUAUAUUGUGCUUUCGAAAGUGCACAUUAACGGCUAUAAUUACUGUCAUAUUUGCUGGAAUAGAGCAGUCGCCUGCCCAAAAGUGAAAGCUGUUUGUACUUAUAGGCAUCAACCGGGAGUGUGUCGGCAUCCAUAUUUUUCAUUGGAGAUAUUUCGAAGCAUCCUAGUCGUCUCCUAGAAGAAAAACUUGUGAGGAAAAACCAGCAUUAGUCUUCAAAUUAGGAUGUCUGUUGUUAAUUUUCUUGCAGAGUGUUAAUGAGUGGUCGCGAGCCUACCAGAAUUACGCGAUCUAGCAGGCCAAGAUCAGCGACUGUUUUAAUAGAAUCUGAGCAGCAGCUCAGCUCCGGUGGGCUGAGAAUGAUAAAGUCAUGUCAUAGUUGAUAAUAAUUUGAUUGCUUGGUAGCGUGCAACAUCAGUCAAAUAGAAUAUCUUUAUUUAGGAUAGGGAAGUUCACUUUUGGAUUUUCUAGUCAUAACGACCUUACGGUAAUAAUUCUGGAAACUAGGUGAGUGUGAGUCAGGCGCAUAUGAACAGGCUUUGGUUACUUUUGAUCAUAAAGACUCAUGAGCCGCUCGUUUUACGUGCCGAUAAUCUCUGCUACCAUUGACGUUGUCAUUGCGCUAAUGCAGCAGUAUUUUUCGCGGUUCUAGGAAAAUUUUCUUUAUAUGUAAUAUCAGGAUUUUGUGAAAGUUCCGUCUAUUCUGUUCUGGUGAUGCUAUUAUGUGGGUUCAAGGACCCCCAUAGAGGUGGUGUAGAUGACACCCCUCGUAUAUUCUACAUAGAUCGACAAAGUUCGUAUACUUAAGGAUAAUAGGCACUGCCAUGAAAGACCAUAAAUUCCACAACGUCUGUAGUAAAGUAUGCAUUUCUCAACAGUAAAGGCCGGAACCCAAACACAACGUCAGACGUAGUUAUGAGAAAAACGUUGAUUUGGUGUAACAGAACUUUCUUGUUCUAAACGCCUCUGCCCUCGUAGUUAUUGAUCAUGUCGCCUCCAAACACUUAUAGUGUUGCCCUUUUUUAAAUCUCCACAUAAACUUCAAGUUGAUUGGACGUUACUCUAGUCAGUAUUCGGAAUUGCAUGUUUCAUCGGGUUCAUGUACAUCACUGUUAUCCUAACUCUUGAGGGACUUGGAGUCCAAAAGUUGACAGGAACUGGAAAGAAAGUACAUCCGUGCCAUAUUUGUGUUGAUCGAAGUUUGCAAGACCCGGUAGUUUUGAUGAAGUGUUUGUCUUCUGCACAUGCACUGGACAGUAGAAUCCCGUUACUGUUGAAGUUCCCAAUUCAUAACUGUGAAACACUCCUACGUUGUGUGGACCAACUUGUCGCUUGAAGUCCUUGAGAACUAUUACAAAGUAAGUAUUUUGAUUCUUGCGGAAUAUGUCCUACCAAGUAGUAAAGGCUAUUGGCAGUCGGUGCGAAGACGUUGAAAAUGGCGGCGGAUUUCCUAGUGUAAUGUAUGCUGAAUUGUAACAAGCAUACCGUCGGUUUCAUAUGAGAGGAAGGACAGUAUUUCCGAAAUUUUGUUUCCGCUAGUGACGAAAGUGCUAAUACCUCGCCAUGUUUGCUUAAGUGGACAACUCCUGAGGAAAAUGUAUCCCGCUCUUUCUUCAAUGGAUUGGUCUGGAUCCGGUAGGUGGGUCUCACUUUGCAGAUGGUACUCGCCCAGUACUGAGACGGUGCGUUGGCAACCGGAGUUGCUAUUCAUUCUGACUGAUUUAUUUUGGUAAAGAAUACUGGAAUCGAGAACAAGACUGCAGAAUGACGAGAAGAAUCUCGUGAUCCACAACAUCCAGAUAAUGCAGCACCAUCUCCUAAUUCUUUCUACGGAACCGAUCCGAAUGAGGACACAAUAGGUACCUUAAAUGGGAACUCAAACGGCACCAUAAUCAAACGCCACAAAACUCUGAAACUAACAUUUUUUAACACCAACGUGAGCAGUAUAUUGCCCAAGUUAGACGAACUGAAGAUCCACAUCUGUGACUCUUACGCUGACUUUGUUUCUUUGAAUGAAAUCACUUCUGUCUGAAAACGUAGAUGACCGCCAAUUAGUGCUACCAGGAUUUCAGUUGUUUCGAAGAGAUAGGAUAGGGCGUCAGGGAGGAGGAGUCGUCACUUACGUAAAACACGACCUACUUGUUCAGAAAAAAACAGAACAAUUCGCGUGCAACGCCGAGAUUAUCUGGCUCACUAUAAGGGUACCAGGAUCACAUAGCCUUGAAGUUCUGACCAUCCAUCGACCACUGAGGAGUGACCCCGAGGCUGACGCUCGUCUGUUAGAGGAGCUAGGGCGAUUUGCUCUCCGUCCUGAUCAUGGGCGACUUUAAUGCACCGCUCAUAAACUGGAGUUCACUAUACGCGCGCAGCCCAGGACUAGCUUUCGACCAACGCCUUUUGGACAUGGCACUCAGGUCAUUUCUCACUCAGCAUGUCUUAUUUCCCACGAGGGUGCGUGAGGGGCAGCAGUCAAACUGCUUGGACCUGGUGCUCACGAAAUCGAUGGAAAGCAUAGAUGAGGGGCAAUGUCUGCGUUUUCCAGGUCGAAGCGACCACGUUGUACUUUACUGGGACUAUUUAAUCUUUUCCGUGCCUCAACAGCUCAUUAAAAUUAGAAGAAAUCUUUGACGUGGGACUUCGAGCAAAUGAAGGCUGAAAUCAACAAUAUAGAGCGGAAAUCAGCUUUUUCCGGAAAUAUAGGUUGGAUGGAUGGGGUCAGUGAAUGAUUGUAUGUUCUCUUGAAAAAUCAUUGCUCGCUUUCACGAAGGGGCUACACAGUCUACCUCGGUGGCUGACUCAGGUGAUAAAAAGGAAGUAAAUCAAAAGCGGAGAUUGUGGCAGAAAUCUCUCACUGAUGGGAAUCCUGUAUUCAUAAACUCAUACAAAGCACAAAGGAACUUAGUCAAACGACUUAACCUCAGGACACGGCAAAUUUUGAAAAAGACCUACUGAAUCGUGCUGUGAAAAAUCCGAAAUUAUUUUACAGCUACAUAAGUAGCAGCACGCGAAACAGAGACCCUAGCCCCCUUCUGAAGUCAAGCGGAGAUGUAGAGAUUAGUGAGGAUGAAGAAAAACUGAGUACCUUUCACAAUUUUUUAAAUCUAUCUUUACGAGUGAAGGCGCAUUUACUCCCCCCCUCGACUACGACUUCGCUGAAGGUCCAAAAAUUGAGGCUGUAUCUUUUGAUGAAAAGACUGUUCUCAAAGAGCUGAUGACGCAAAAUGAAUCGAAAUCACUUUGUCCAGACGACAUACCGCCUAAGCUACUGAAGGAGCUCUCUGAUGAACUAACCAAACCAUUAUCCAUGCUUUUCAAGCCUCGUUCGAAGCUGGCUGUUUACCCACUGAAUGGAGACUUGCGCGGAUUACACCGCUGUACAAAGGAGGCAGCAAAGCCUCUGCAAACAAUUACAGACCAAUUAGCCUCACCUCCAUCUGCUGCAAAAUCAUUGAAAAAAUAAUUUAGCGAGAGUUAAUGCGCUUCCUAGAGUAGUAUAAUUUAUUUUCUGAUGCGCAGCAUGGGUUCUGUAGUGGCAGGUUUUGUAUGAAAUACUUGCCCUACUGUUUGGAACGUUGGACUCGGGCAGUUGAUGAAGGCAAUGCCCUGCAUGUAGUCUAUAACGACUUUAAAAAGGCAUUUUAUAAUGUCCCACAUCACCGACUCCUGCACAAACUGAGUCGAACAGGCGUUAGGGGUAACCUCUUGAAAUGGAUUCAAAGCCUCCUCUUUGACAGUUCUCAAACUGUCCAUGUUGGUGGCCAGCAGUCGACGGAGGUUACCGUUGAAAGCGGUGUUCCCUAAGGCUCAGUUAUUGGUUCAGCUCUGUUUAUUAUUUACGUCCAAGAUUGCGUUAGUGAACUGACCUGGGGUGUCGCCGUGUUUGCGGGUGAUAUUAAGCUCUAGAGCGCCAUUCUAACUGCCGACGACGAAGACAUUUGCGGGCGACCCUAAGCCGACUCCAACAGUGGUCAAAGGACUAGCUUUUGCCGUUCAAUGAGAAAAAAUGCAAUAUUCUACGAGUUGGCAGAGCCCGCUCUCCGAACCACAUGGCUUACUGCCUGAAUGGUAUACCACUGCAAGAAGUGGACUCGCAGAAGGACUUGGGAAUAUGGAUUACGCCGUCGUUCGAACCUUCGCUGCACUGCACGAAGGUAGUCUAGUCUGUAAUGUUAGUUCCCUACCUUAUCAAGCGGGCUUUCUCUGUCUUUGAUGAAAACUGCUUCGCAAAAGUCUUUCAAACUUUUGUGCGGCCGCAACUGGAACUUGCUACCCAGGCUUGUAGACCCUGGACCGCGAAGGACUUCAGCAUCCUCGAAAGGGUUCAAAGGCAUGCAACGAAACUUGUGACAGGACAGGGUUCUCUACCAUAUGCAACGCGGUUAGCUAACUUUGAGCUCUUUCCCUUGAGUUACAGGCAGUUACGGGGUGACCUGAUACAAACAUUCCGUAUCAAACGCGGUCAGGACUGCAGUCUCGUACCGGGGGACUCCGUCGAGUUAGCAACCACCACGAACCUACGAGAUCAUCCAUUCAAAAUACGUUUGAGCGCGGCCAGGCUUGACACACGAGAGUUCUUCUCUAACAGAGUACUUGAAGUUUGGAACGCCUGCCUCCGGAUGUUAUUAUGUCUGCUUCCGUCGAGGUCUUUAAGAAGAAGCUGGAUUUGUAUAACAGUGUUACUAAAUUACCACCCUACCUCUGCAAACUUGGCAAAUCCCAUUGUUAUGAUACUACUUGCUAUAUUUCGGUAACAUUUAAAAUCGAGUUUCUUGCUGUCUCCAACUCAUCGCCUACGCUUACUGACAUGCACCUGUGCAACUUUUGUCACUGGAAUACUAUUUAUUUCCCUGCACUCGAAACGACCACUGUACUACUGCUCGUACCACUUACACUCGAGACAGUUUGGUUAUCUGUUCGGAGUUGAGCCUUUUCCGAUUAUUUGUUACCUUUAUGAUACCUUUUCCAGUUUUUGAGAUUUUUCAGUUGCUUGUAAAAAAAUAUGGAGUUCAAAGGUGAGGACCUGCAUUUCCUACAAUAAAACUGAACUGAAAUGAACAUUAUGAGUUGUCAAGAUGAAUGAAGUCACUCUGAUAGGAAGGAUGGAGAAAGAGGUGAAGAAUGCGUGUGUCUGUUUGAUUUAGGCCGCAUGCAUUAUUUUCAGAAGCAGUAGUUACUUGCACCAAGCGUAUGAACAAAUAAUUUAGGGGACAUUUUCCAGCGCUUUCCGCCAUGAGGUGGCAAGCAACGGGUAUUUAAGGUCGCGUAGGCAUCAGGAGUAAUUUUUGAAUUUUAAAGCGGCUGACGACGAGAAUAGGGAGAAAAGGAUCCAGGUCAGACGAAUUACAUCCUAUCCUUUCCGUAAGAAUUUGAUAAUGAGGUAUUGGAGGUAGGGCAGAUUAUGAAGGUGAUUGGUUAGAUGAGAUAACUUACAUAUAGAUUGGUUUGAAGCGAAUAAGACUUCUCGGCAUCUGCUGCAAUCUCUUUCCACUCUGGUUAUGGUCUAUGGCAAGUCUGUAUCACGGAACUCCAAUGAAACUGUACUUAUCGUCUGAAUUGACAUAUACCACAUCUGUGUGCGUCACACAACAAUUCUUCCUCUCACAGAUCGAACCAGUCUGUGCACAACCAUCGGAAUGUUAAAAUUCUAUCAAAACCAUUCACGAAUCGGCAGCCAUAUACAUUCGUAAAGUUCCAGCCUGCGAAGCACAGUAAAAGGUGAAAGCUAUAUAGGCUUCUCCGCUGGAAGGCCAUAUCUUUCAAACUUUUAGAGGAAGCCUUGAAGCUUUACACUCAAAACCCCCAUGAAAAAGCUUGAUUUCCGCCCAACAAAUUACAACUAAACCCUCCGUGUCAGCAGCAGCAGCAGCAGCAGCAGCAGCAGCAGCAGCAGCAGCAGCAGCAGCAGCAGCAGCAGCAGCAGCAGCAGCAGCAGCAGCAGCAGCAGCAGCAGCAGCAGCAGCAGCAGCAGCAGCAGCAGCAGCAGCAGCAGCAGCAGCAGCAGCAGAAGCAGCAGGGGCAUAUAAAAGAAGCGAUCAUUUAA